CGAACUUCCCUGGGGUAGACAUAGACAGCCGGUCUCCAUUUCAAACCCUAACGCCGUCUCGGUAGCCUGUCUCGUAUCUAUCUCUCCUCUUCGAUUCCCCGUCCUUGUCUACUGUCCACUGUCCGCCAUCAUCAGUCCAUCGUUCCCACCACUCCACUUCCGACAGAUCUAAACAAACCCCAUCAAGGCAUUGCUUCUUGUGCUCCACGAUGGCUGCUGCAGCGAGCUCGACUUCGGCCACCGCCGCCCCGGUUUUUCCCCAUAGCCAUGUCGGUUUCGAUAGCAUCACCUCUCAGAUCGAGCGGAAACUCCUCAAGCGUGGCUUCCAGUUCAACGUCAUGUGCGUUGGACAAACCGGUCUGGGAAAAUCGACUCUGAUCAACACCAUCUUCGCCUCGCAUUUGAUCGACUCCAAGGGCCGCCUCACCCCCAAUGAUCCCGUUCGCUCGACCACCGAAAUCCAAACCGUUUCCCAUAUCAUCGAGGAGAACGGUGUCCGCCUCAGACUGAACAUCGUCGACACUCCGGGGUACGGUGAUCAGGUCAACAAUGACAGAUGCUGGGACCCAAUCGUGAAAUAUAUCAAGGACCAACACUCCGCCUACCUUCGGAAGGAGCUUACGGCUCAGCGCGAUCGCUAUAUCCAAGAUACCCGCAUCCAUUGCUGCUUGUUCUUCAUUCAACCCUCAGGCCAUGCUCUCAAGCCGAUCGAUAUCGUCGUCCUCAAGAAACUGUCUGACGUCGUCAACGUCGUCCCGGUGAUCGCCAAGGCCGACUCGCUUACUUUCGAGGAGCGCCAGGCAUUCAAGGAAAGAAUCAAGGAGGAAUUCUCCUUCCACAACCUGAAGAUGUACCCCUACGACAAUGAGGAGCUCGACGAUGAGGAGCGUGCAGUCAACGUCCAGAUCAAGGACAUCAUCCCCUUCGCCGUGGUGGGUAGCGAGAAAACCAUAGUUGUCAACGGCCAGCAGGUUCGCGGUCGCCAAAACCGUUGGGGUGUGAUCAACGUCGAGGAUGAGAAUCAUUGCGAAUUCGUCUACCUGAGGAACUUCCUCACCCGCACUCACCUCCAGGAUCUCAUCGAAACCACUAGCCAGAUCCAUUACGAGACGUUCCGUGCUAAGCAGCUGCUGGCUCUGAAGGAGAGCAGUGCCGCUGGCGGCCACAGUGCUGGAAGCCGUCCCAUCAGCCCCUCUGCUGACCGGGAGCUCAGCCGCAACUCGCAACGGAUGACUAUGAAUGGCUAUUAGACCACAACAAAAAAAGCAAAUGAGCUGCGGAGAAUGCGUUGCAGUACCGAGCGAAGCGAGCGUUAGGUACAGGCUGUUUCUUCAUGGAGAAGCCAGUGAAAAAUAGCCUUGGAGACCCAUUAUUUUUCCUUUUUUUUUAUUGCCUCUUUACCACCAAGUUCAUACCAGCACGUUCUUACAUAUAUCCUUUUAACUUCUGGUGUCUUUUCGUUCUAGUCUUUUUUUUUUGGUCCUCGUUUGAUUUCAUCUUAUUCUCUCCUAGUUCGGGAAUGAUUUGGGCUUGCCUCGCCUCGACAUGAUAUAUCCUUAUCACACAAUCCAAAGCGAAACUAGCGGCAGAAUCCGAGUGUGACUUUUUUUCAUGUACUUAAUCUGCCUAAUUCUCGUCUGUUCGGGGAAUAUAUUAUUCAAAUGUGACGAGGAAUCCCACUAAAC